AUGGAUUCGGCGGACGAUUCAAGCAAAGAUCCGCCACUGGGAUCCACAUUUUCCUCAGCACCCAAUUUAGACUCGGACAUUAAUGCAAAUGCCUGUAGGCCUAUCUAUGAGAAUGGGACAGACCACCAUGUCAACAUACAAAACGCAGCCCUGCGAGGAGCCAGUGACCCCAGCGCAUACCCCUCCACAGACUACCGAGGACUCAUCCGCCAGAGGUUCAUCCGGCGGAGUUUGUGGGUGUCAGACUCCGAGGAGCAGCAGCCGGUGGACACGUCGGAGUGUGUCAACAGCAGCCCGGUGCUCAACAUUGACCUGCGGACCAUCGUUGAUCGGAGUCGGACCCGGGUUCUUCAAGGAACCCGCCUGGGUCUCCAGGAGCCCCCCAGCACGGAGAGCCAGGUGGGGCUGAAGGAGAGCGUCACAGAGAGCGUGAGCGCAGAUGAGGUGAAGAAAGACAGGACCGAAGCCGAGCCCGAGGCUGAGGUCGUGAACUCGGAUGUCACAGGUAAAGCAGGAAGUGACGAGAACGAAGAGGAGCCCGGGAUGAAGGCUGUGUCCACCUCACCUGGCGGGCGCUUCCUCAAGUUUGACAUUGAGCUGGGGAGAGGGUCCUUCAAGACGGUCUAUAAAGGUCUUGACACCGACACCUGGGUCGAAGUGGCGUGGUGUGAACUCCAGGAACGGAAACUGUCCAAAGUUGAGAGACAGAGGUUCAAAGAGGAGGCAGAGAUGUUGAAGGCCCUCCAGCAUCCCAACAUUGUGCGAUUUUAUGACUUCUGGGAAUCACCGGUGAAAGGGAAGAAGUGUAUCGUUCUGGUGACAGAACUAAUGACCUCAGGGACACUAAAAACGUAUCUGAAGCGCUUUAAGGUGAUGAAGCCUAAAGUUCUUAGGAGCUGGUGCAGACAGAUUCUCAAAGGCCUCCACUUCCUCCACACAAGGACUCCACCAAUCAUCCAUAGAGACCUCAAGUGCGACAACAUCUUCAUCACUGGUCCUACAGGCUCUGUCAAAAUAGGAGACCUGGGCCUGGCAACACUGAAGAGGGCCUCCUUCGCUAAAAGUGUUAUUGGCACUCCAGAGUUCAUGGCUCCAGAGAUGUAUGAGGAGCAUUACGAUGAGGCUGUGGAUGUCUAUGCCUUUGGGAUGUGUAUGCUGGAGAUGGCCACCUCAGAAUACCCCUACUCUGAGUGUCAAAAUGCUGCACAGAUCUACCGCAAAGUCACAAGCGGGGUGAAACCUGCUAGCUACGCUAAAGUCAGCGACCCUGAAAUUAAGGAAAUAAUCGGGGAGUGCAUAUGUCACCGAUGGGAAGAACGGUACUCCAUCAAGGACCUCCUGAAUCACGCGUUCUUUGCAGAGGAUACAGGCGUGAGGGUGGAGCUCAAUGAAGAAGAUGAUGGGAAGAAAUCAUCUAUUGCUCUAAAGCUGUGGGUUGAAGAUCCUAAAAAGUUGAAAGGAAAAUACAAGGACACUGGUGCCAUUGAGUUUACCUUUGACUUGGUGAAUGAGGUCCCAGAGGUUGUCGCCCAAGAAAUGGUUGAAUCAGGUUUUUUCCUGGACUGCGAUGUGAAGAUAGUUGGGAAAUCCAUCCGAGACCGUGUGGCCCUCAUCAAAUGGAGGAGGGAGCGGACUGUGUCACCAGGAAAUGGUGAGGCGCAGCAGAACCUGCUGCAGGUGCCCAGUACCGGUGUGCCACAGGGAGCCACAUUAGCCACGACAGAUUAUGAAGACCAAGAGGUGGAGCCACAGACUCUGAUCUGUGCUGUGCCAGCCACCACAUCUACCACAUCUGACAGUGGAGUGAGCUCUACCAUGCAAUUAGACGAGCUCAGCAAUCAGCAAAAUGGGCCCUACCAGUCACUUCCAGAGCCCAUUUCCACAGCUCAGAUGAUCUACAGUCCUCCUGCACAGGCUGACCCUCAGCUGCACCAGGGGCCCUACCAGCAACCCACAGCACAGGCCUCACAUGAAAACUACACACAUGCAUCCAUGCAGUUACACCAGGGAGCCUACCAGCAAACCACAGAUCUCACUCUUCUCAACCACUGUCUCCAUCACAUCGUGGGUCGCAGGACCAGUUCUCCCAUCCUCUCGGAGAGAGUCUUUAAUCAUCCAGUGCACAGCCAUGGGGAGGUUGGGGGUGCUUCCUCCUCCGUAUUUGAGCGUAUAGACAAAAGUCAGAGCUUGGAGGUCCCGCUCUUCUGUAGCCCAAAUCUGGACAGGAACCUGAUGUUACUGCGACAGAACAGCAAAGGCAGACUGGAUCCACUGACAGUUUCUGCUCCACCUACGCCAGCCCCUACUGCACCCCAGAGUAGACAGACAGCACAGAGUUUUCCAGCUGCAGCCCCCACUCUACAGACACAGGUUACUGUGCAACCCAGCCAGGAGCAGUUUCCCUCACCAUAUCCCGUUGUUAAAACAGGGGGCCAUAAGCCCCCUCCCUUCUCCCAAGCUCCUCUGCCAUCUGCCUACAGCAGCAGUGGCCCUUCUAUGUCUAGCACCUACUACUCACCCUCACCCCACCAUCCCUCCCUUCCUCUGACCCCUCAUGCUGCCUUGCCCUCUAUACCUACUCUAGGAACCCCUCAGACCCCUCUGUCCACACCUCAGCACGUGCCCAAUAUGGUGCUCCCAAUUCCACUUCUUACCAUGGCCAUGCCCCCUGCAAUGCCCCAGCAGCAGAGCGGCCCUGCUCCAUCUCAGCCAAACCUUUGUAGCUUCCAUUCCACCCAUUACUUACCUCUCUCCCAGGUACAGACGAUUGCUCCACAGGGGAAUUUGGGAGAUGUUCAGCUUUUGGCUCCGGAUGUGCUUCAGGACAAACCAGUAUCUUUACUCAACUAUGCCUAUGACAGUCUCAACUCUGAUGUGGCAUCUGGUAAGGAAACAAGUGACGGCUAUGACAGCUUGGCUAGUGGGGGGAAAGGGGAUGGAAAACCCAGGAAACACCACCGCAAGUCUGCCCGUACACGUUCCCGGCAAGAAAAGACCAGCAAACCUAAACUUAGCAUGCUCAAUGUUUGCAACACUGGUGAUAAAAUGGUCGAAUGCCAGCUAGAGACUCACAAUCACAAAAUGGUGACAUUUAAAUUUGAUCUUGAUGGAGAUGCUCCAGAGGAAAUUGCCACUUACAUGGUAGACAAUGGCUUCAUCCUUCUGUUAGAGAAGGAGAUCUUCAUCGACCAGCUAAAGGACAUCGUGGAUAAAGCUGAGGACAUGCUGAAUGAAGACAUAGAGGGUGAAAGGGCCUCCACCUUGAGUUGCAGUCCACAACAAGGCCAAAUUUCUGAGGGGUUAGAGGGAGAGAGUCAGCAGCCUGGAGCACCUCAGCCUGUCUAUCAGCAGAACGUUCUUCAUACAGGAAAAAGAUGGUUCAUAAUCUGCCCUGUAGAAGAGACACCCACAUCCAGCCAGGACACCCCAUCUGACGGCACAACUACGCAGUCACCUGGGAGUUCAACCACCACCCAGCCUGCUGACAGCGGCAUUGCAAGGCCAUCUGCAUCCAGAGAAGAGGGGUCAUCCUCUACAAUGUCUGGUGGCAGUGGAGGCUUCUCCUAUGAUGUGUAUGGAUUCUGUAGUCCUCCAAUAAUGUCCAACACAGACCCACUUCUUUUUGCCACUCUGUCACCUCCUGUGUCUGCUCCCCCAACGCUUCAGUCUGUACCAUCAGUGGAGCCUGUGGGCAGCUCAGUGCAGCCCAGCGUGCAUCAGGCUCAGCCAGCCAGGGCUCAACCUUUGCCCCCGCCGUCCCCACAUACAUCUUUCCCAGUGGAUGAGCCACAGGGAUCCCCUCUGGGUUCCAUCUCCCCAAUCCACGCCGCUCAGCAGAUGGCUGACAUGACAUGUCCUGUUUCUAUGGCCGAGGAGGUGCCCUGUUGCCCUCUGGUCAUGCCGCUAUCUCUGGAUGUGAGCGGUUCACAGGGUGGGCCUCCUCUCACCCCGCUUCCCCUCCAGGAGCCAGGUUCAGCCAAAGAGCCGCUGUCUGUCUCUUACACCUCUGCAGUGCGAAGCGAGCGACCACAGCAGCCUGUGGUGCUCCACCAGCCUUUUUCCAGCGUGGGAGGGACCAAAGUGUCCUCACUACCCCAGAGCCCAGCGCCAUCCCAGCCGGGAGCAGGGCCCGGUGAGUCAGAUGGUGAAGGACGGCUUGGCCGUGGGGGCUUUGUGGACAGCACCAUAAAAACACUGGACGAGAAACUAAGGAACUUGCUCUACCAGGAAUAUGCUCCCAUGUAUCCAUCAGGCAGUGCUGCAGAGACACCAGGCUCCGGCACUGAGUACAUUCAGUCUCCUCCUGGUCCAGACAGCGCCACAGGAGGGUCAGGAAACAGCACGCCAGGGCCGAUGGGGGAGGGACGUUACAGAGCAGGAGAACAGCUGCCUCAAAUUCCAGAGAGAAUGGAUAGUUUGAGCACGCUGAGUGACUCAGCCGUGUGUGCUUCGCUGUCAAGAAGACACGUUCCUCAUUCUGCUUCCUGCUCCGGAACAAGAGGUCGAUUUAAGAUCAUCUCUGUUCCUCCUGAAGUGGCCAACAGACGCGAUGUGAAACAAAGGAGCUGGAGCAGCGCCGCCUCACCGGCGCACCCUGUAGCAUACAGUGAGGACCAUGUUCAGGCUGAGGCCAUGGUUACCUCUACCACAAUUGGCCGUUUCUCUGUGAUUAGCACUGAAGACGAAAUUACACAGAGAACACGUUGCAGCCGCUACUCUGCCCCGCCUGAUUUCUACCUGGACACACCUCCUUCCAUUGCCAAGAGGGGCUCCCUGCCCCGUGCCCUGACCUCGAACUCUGUCCCUGUGGAUGUCACAGUCCAUGCUCGCUUCCUUUCCUCUGACUCGGGGGCUGAGAGUAGCCCUGCAAAGCUGGCUCCUGCCACCCCAUCUCAACAUACUCGCUCCGAGCGCAGAGGAAGUGACCUCAUGAAGAGGGCAGUGGCCUUCCUCCGUCGAUCAGGGCGCAGCAGCAGUGUGCAGAGCUCUGACUCACCAAGUAGGCAUGGAGGUGUGCACGGCUCAGCCUAUGGCAGCAGCGAUAAUGACUCAGAGAUGGAGGACUCGGACAUGAAGAGGGAACUACAGAGACUCAGGGAGAAACAUCUGAGGGAGAUCUCUGAACUGCAGGCCCAUCAGCGGGGAGAAGUGGAACUGCUAUAUCGCCGGCUUGGCAAAGCCCCUCCUUCCGGCCUGGGUCUGUCACACGUUGCACCACAUGCCGGCCGUAGAAAGAGAUCCAGCAAGCACAAGCUGAAGCCUGGCAAACUUCUCAGCCCUCUGGUUCAACAAUUUAGAAAUGUCACAACCAAAACUAGUGACUCCAGCAGAUCCAGUGCUGCUACAGGUACAGGUGAGCCCACGUUGAGUUUAAAUGGCUCUCCAGCCAAAGGGUCUUUCCCCACUCACGGCAGGGCGCGGUCGUGCACGAGCCACAUUCCCUGCUCAACCUCAGAGCCUGUGCAGACUCAGCAGCCCUGUUCCCUCAAGGGGUCUUUGUCGUCUGAUAACAUUUACGCUGGAUUACAUGGAGACGGCACCGGCACACAAGUUCCACCCGGACAAGGCUGGUCUAAUUACCCUCAACCGUCUGAGAGAGUGACCUAUAAAUCCAGUAGCAAGCCACGAGCUAGAUUUCUCAGUGGGCCUGUGUCUUUGUCUAUCUGGUCAACACUGAAGCGACUGUGUCUCGGCAAAGAGCGUGGCAGCAGGUCUGCGGCUGGAUCAGGGGCUUUUAAUCAAUCACAGCAGCCGCCUACUGGUGCCACACCUCCUCCUCAUCAGCCAGUGAUGGGACUGGCCCAAGCUCAGGCCAAUAACAGCAACAACAAGACAGCCACAUACACUGGCACUUCAAUGAGUGGCAAUGAAAGCAAUCUGCCUGAAGACUUGCAACGGCUGAUGGACGACUGGGCCCAGGAGGUUCUUAUUGUCACCCACAGGCCACGCACUAACUCUCUGAGCAUCAGUGGGCAGCACCUGUGGGAUCAGGUUGUACCUCGAACACAUAGACAACUGGCUAGUGCUUCAGAUAUAUCAUCAUGGACGGCCUCUGGUCCAGAGGCCUGCAGUCUGCUCCUGUCAUGGCCUGACAGCCCGGGGUCAACAGUGAUGACCACUCCCUCCACAGGACCCCAUCCCAGCUAUCAGCUACACUCUCCUGCUCCGUUAAGGGCCUUCUCCUCUUUCCCUCUCCCUUCAGGAGUUUUUGCCUUUCCUGCUGUGCCCUCAGCCCAGGACACCCCCACUCCGGCUCCAGCUAAAUCAUAUCAGCCGCCUGACCCCAAAGCCAGGACUCUCUAACCUGAGUAGCAUUGCGUCUUCCAACUCUAUUACCAAAAAGAAAUCUCAUUAUACUCCUAGUCAAUCUUAUGUGCAUAUACUGUAUAUAUUUAACCAGCAUGUAUGUAACCAUAUGUACAUACUCGUCUCUAUUCUUGACUUUUAUUUUGUUUCAUUUGCAUCAACAUACCUCAUGUCCAUAUUGCAGUACAUAAUCCUUGAGUGCAGUGUAAUGGUAGUAGUACAUUUAAAGAUGUAUAGUUAGCCCAGUCAGGCUUAAAAAGUGCAGAUUUUGUCAUUGCUUACAUAUCUUUCCACUCACUGAAUGUACAUAACGUACUGUCCAUUCAUCCUGUGUUUAUAUAAAUAGUUCAUGUUUGUGUUGCUCAUAUCACUCCUAUAUAGAAGCUGCCGUGUGUAUAUAUAUGAAUUCUUGUUAGUCUGUACAUAGCUCCUGUGUUUGUACAGUUAACAUUAGAUAAUCCAUAGGUUGGUGCUGCAGCUCUGUGUCUUAAUGCAACACCUUAUUAGCCACCAUCAUGCCGUCACUGUGAAGACUUGACAUCCUGGUCACUAGGACCGGUUGCUUUACUCUGCUCUCUCAGUCCAAGGAUAGGUUUCAUUCUUCAUCGAUGAAAUGCUUCCAGCACAAGCGCUUGAAAUAUCCUUAAGAGAUUUGAAUGAACUUGAACUUUAUCUUCAGGUGAAAAAAAAAAAAAAACACCUGUGAGAGUGCCUUGAAUUGCAGUUUCAGUUUUCUGGAGAAAAGCAGACACUAGAGAUUAUAUAUAUGCUUUCACCUUCAAAGGUAAAUUACAUGAUUUGAAUAAUGAAUGUGGAUUAAAACCUAUUUGAUUUACAGAACAGAACAACUGAUCAUAAUUAAUCACAAUAAUCUGGUCAUGUUGCAGUUGAUAAAAUAUUACAGAUUAUAAAAAAGUCCAAAACUGAGUUAGGUAAUUUAAUAUUUUAACUGUGGGUUUUUCCUUGUUCACUGAUUUUCUUGUGGGAUUGCUCUACAAACUGCACCACAGCCUGCAUGAAUACACUGAUAUUCUGAAUGUGCACAGGUUGAUGUGGUGAGUUACAGGAGGAUAUUGUGAAGAGAAACUGGCACUGAAACCAUACGACAAGGAGGGCUGAAGGACUCAACAUACGAGUCAAAAUCAUAAUCAUCCCAUACCUCUGCUGAUGCAGUCUGUAGCUUUAUAUAUUGUUGCCUUUGUGGUUUUUAAGAGAUUACUGUGUGGUUGGUUGUUGUUUGAUAAAAUGCUGAUGAUAUGAUGAUGUUA